AUGGCUAUUCAAAUUAUGGAGCCAUCUAGUAAAGAUGACAAUGCUGCAUAUGUAUCGGCAGCUCAAUACUAUACUACAGGUGAUAAUGCAGCAAGGAAUCGUACGAGGGCUUAUACGCGUCCAGAAAUAGGCUCAAAAUAUGAAAUAGAAACUGUUCUUCGUCGUGCAUCUCAUGAGGAUAAAGGCAAAGCACGCAAAUUCCUUAUCAAUGUUGAAGACACUAGAAAACUCCUUUUGGAACGUGAAGAUACCGACAAUGAUUUCCAAAUAACGGUAAAUGAUAUUGGACCGAAGACCUUGGCUCUAGGUACAGCUGAUUCAGGUGGUUUCCGUAAAAUUGGCAUUCGUGGCAAUUAUAUGCUCUCUAACUUAUUACAAGAACUUGCACUGGCUGACGAUUAUGGACGCAAGUACAUUGUUUUGGAUGAAGAUCGACUUUGUGAAAACCCUGUUAAUCGAUUAUCAAGAAUGAUUCGUCAUACCUUUUGGGAUGGAUUGACCCGUUGUAUCGAUGCUGAUGGUCUGAAUACAAUAUGCGCUGAUACAAAGGACCGUACAGGUGAAAACCGACCUAGGAUUUAUAUUCCCUAUGGUGAGCAACGGAUGUACGACUAUUACAAAGAAACUGCAAGAACAAGGCCUCAUUUACAUGAUCUCCAAGUAGAAUUCUUACCCAAGAAUAUCACAGCCGAAUAUGUUCGUGAUAUCAACACACGUCCUGGUAUAUUAGCCCUAAACAUGGUGGAAGGUGAUGAUGGACAGCUCAAAGGAUGUCCUUUUGUAGUACCUGGUGGACGAUUCAAUGAAAUGUAUGGAUGGGACUCUUACUUUGAAGUACUGGGCUUAUUGGCUGAUAAUCGUGUAGCUAUGGCGAAAAGUAUGACGGAUAAUUUUGCCUUUGAAAUCAAACAUUAUGGGAAAAUCUUGAAUGCUAAUCGAUCAUAUUAUCUCUGUCGCUCUCAACCUCCCUUUUUGACUGAUAUGGCACUACGAAUUUAUGACAAGAUGGACACUAUCUAUCCGGGCAAGGAAAAAGAAAACAAGGAAUGGUUACGGUCUAUACUGCAAUCAGCCAUCAAGGAAUAUCAUCAAGUUUGGAUGUCAUCCCCACGCUUAGAUCCCAAGACAAUGUUAUCUCGGUAUCGACCUGAUGGUCUUGGUAUUCCUCCUGAAACAGAAGCUUCUCACUUUGAUCAUAUUAUUGAAAGAUACUCAAAACCUUUGGGCCUUCCUAUUCCUGAAUACGAUUAUCUCUACACACAAGGUAAAAUCAGGGAACCCGAACUGGAUGAAUAUUUUUUACACGACAGAGCCGUACGAGAAUCUGGUCAUGACACUACUUAUAGAUUUGAAGGUGUUUGUGCAAACUUGGCCACCAUCGAUUUGAAUUCUCUCUUGUAUCGUUAUGAAGUGGAUUUGGCAACUGCUAUUGACAAUAUUCUUGAUGGUGAACUUGUGGAUAUGGAUACUGGUGAACGACAGACAAGCAAUAUAUGGUACGAUCGUGCGAGACAACGGAAAGAAAGAAUCAAUACAUAUCUAUGGAAUGCCGAAAAUAGCCUGUAUUAUGAUUAUGACACCGUCAAGGAAAAACAAACGACAUACGAAAGUGCUACUGCAUUUUGGGCUUUGUGGGCAGGAUGUGCAAGUGCAGAUCAAGCAGAUGCAUUGGCGACCAACUCUCUAUUCAAGUUUGAAACAAAAGGUGGAUUAGUUUCUGGUACUGAAAAUUCACGUGGCAAGAUCUCACUAUCAAGGCCAAAUCGACAAUGGGAUUUUCCAUUUGGUUGGGCUCCUCAUCAAAUUCUGGCUUGGGAAGGAUUCGAAAAAUAUGGUAUGAAGAGCAUUUCUGAACGAUUGGCUUACCGUUGGCUUUACACGAUCACCAAGGCAUUUGUGGAAUUCAAUGGAGUGGUACCAGAAAAGUUUGAUGUAGUAGCCAUGUCACAUAAGGUGGAAGUGGAAUAUGGUAAUCAAGGUACUGAUUUCAAGUAUGUUCCUCGUGAAGGUUUUGGAUGGAUGAACUCCAGUUAUGAAGUGGGUCUUCUUUACUUGAAAACCAGUUUAGUGCGUGCUCUAGGUACAUUAACCGAUCCGGAUGAUCUCUUUGCCAAGUCUUUACAAUACGAACAAGAAAAUAGAUCUCCUGAUGUACAAGUACAAGCCGAUAUGCGUCGUCGUGCCUCUACUAUUGCUGCUCGACACUUUGCUCAUAGUCAUGAUCCCGAUGCCACUGAAGCCGCCACUACCAAGAUAUAUGCUGAAGCCGUCGAUGAUCAUCAGUAUGCUCAUUCUUUGUCGCCAGAACCUCAGUUUUUAGAUGUAGAUUACAGUCAACCUCAUAUUAGUCCAAGUCAAGAAAAUUUGGAUCUACAACUUUUAGCCCCAUGAAAAUAAAAAUAAAAUCCAUUUUAUACUCAAUCUA